GGAGCUUUAAGAAAAAAUCCACAUGCACUGAUACACAGUGUAUACGUGUGUGUGUAUACAUGCACACACCUCUCCGCCAGAAGCGGCGGCGCUUUAACAGGACGGCAACCAGACAACCUGGAGGAGGAGAUUUCUCCUUUUGCAAAACAAGGGGAGAUUAUUGCAAAGUUUUAUUUGCAGCAGCUGGGAGUGUGUGCAAAGCGGAAUUUCUGCAAAGGCUGGGAGGGAGCGGUACGGGAGGCCGGAGACCGCAAGGGGGUGGGGGGAAAUGCAGCGGGCAUAAGGAGCGGCGGAGGGCCAACGGCAGCGGGUUUUUCUUUUGCAUUCGGUGCGGCCGGUUGGAAUGGCGGAGCCGAGCCCGGAAUCGGACGUGAGGAAGUGCGGGGUGCUGCGGAAAUGGAAGAGCCUGCACCGGCGGUACUGCGUGCUGCGGGCGGACAGCGACAGCGGCCCGGCGCGCCUCGAGCUCUACGACAGCGAGAAGAAGUUCCGCAGCCGGGGCGCGGGCCCACGCCGCGCGCUCCCGCUCAGCGCCUGCUUCACCGUCAACAAGCGGCGCGACGCGCGCUCCCGCUACCUACUCUGCGUGUACACGCGCAGCGAGAGCGUGUGCCUGGCGGCGGCGGGCCCUGAGGAGCAGGAGAGCUGGUACCGGGCACUCACCCUGCUGCUGGGUAAAUCUCAUGUAGAAAAUGGGGACUCGAAUUACACCAUGGUGCCUGGACCACCUUUUAAGGAGGUCUGGCAGGUUAACCUUCGACCCCGGGGCCUGGGCCAGACGCGGAACAUGAGCGGUAUUUACCGGCUGUGCCUGACAGAUAAGACGGUCAACCUGGUGAAGCUGAACUCUGAUGCUGCAGCUGUAGUGCUGCAGCUGAUGAACAUCCGUCGGUGCGGGCACUCGGAGAAUUUCUUCUUUGUGGAGGUGGGGCGCUCGGCGGUGACCGGCCCUGGGGAGUUCUGGAUGCAAGUGGAUGACUCGGUGCUGGCCCAGAACAUGCACGAGACCAUACUGGAUGCCAUGAAGGCCAUGAGCGAGGAGUUCCGGCUGCGCAGCAAGAGCCAGUCAUCGGGCUCCAACCCCAUCUCGGUGCCAUCCCGCAGGCAUCACCAGCUUCCGUCCAACCCGCCCCCUAGCCGGGUGGGCUUCACCAUGAGGCGGGGAGUGCCCACCUCACCCGGGCAGCGAUCCAGUUUCGCCCGGGCGCGGACACCCAGCGACGGCAGCGGCGCUGCCUCCUCCUCUUCCUCCCGCCCCCCCUCUGCUGACGAGUCACCUUCCAGCCCUCCACCUCGCCAAGGAACGCCUGGGGCCCAACCUCCCCCGGUUCCGUCCCGCUCAAUCUCUGACCCGGCCUCCAGCCCUCUCGGCCUCCCCCAUGGUGGCUUCUCCUCUUCCUCCUCGUUGCCCUCCUCCUCCCCCUCCUCCUGCUCCUCCUCCGAUGGUGAGGGUUACGAGUCCAGCCCUGGCUCGCCAGCUGCGGGUGGACGGAGCCCACUCCAUGACUAUGUGGCCAUGGGGUGCGGCCUGGGCUUGGCGGGGCACCGGCAGUCGCAGUGCCAGCGGCGUUUGCUGAGGAGGGCUGGCAGCCGUGGAGAGGAGGAGGAAGAGGCCGACAGGGGCCUCAGCAAGCAGGCCUGGCCAGCCAGAGUUCUCCCUGAGCCCACUGAGAGAGGCCACAGUCAGGCAGCAGACCAAGGUUAUGUGGCCAUGCUGCCUGGGGUGGUGCCACCAGGAGAUGGUGAUGACAAUGACUACAUGGCCAUGACCCCCAAAGGCCCUUCUGCCCCUCGGCGGAUUGAGAGCCCGGGGUCAGCAGCUCUCACGGGAGGCUACGUGCUGAUGUCACCCAGCGGGAGCUGCUCGCCAGAUGGCUGGGCCCGGCCCCUAGGGGGCGGCAGUGGUAUGGGAGGGGUGGGUGGUGACUACAUGAACAUGUCACCUGCUAGCUGCUCAGCCUCCAGCACCACCCCCUCCUGCCACCAACGUUGCACCCCCAGGCCUCGCAAGGUUGGCCCCACUCCCCCUGACCACCACCCCCACUGCUACCAUUCCCUGCCCCGCUCCUACAAGCAGCUUGACCCGGCUCUCUCUGCUGCCUCGGGACACCUCAUAGCCUCCUCCUCCUCAGGCUGCCUUGCACCCUGCACCUCGGGCCACUUUGCACCUUCCUCCUCUACCUCCUCCUCCUCCCCAGGGCGCCUUGCGCCCUCUUCCUCCUCAGGACGCCUCACCCUCUCUUCCUCCUCCUCAACAGGCAGCAGUGAGAGCUUGACAGAGGUUGAAAGUGGGCAGCACCUUACCUGCCGCCAGCCUGGACCGUCCCUUGACCUGGUGAGGGCCACCACCCUGCCUCGGCGGAGAGAGUGCUCGCUCCCUGCUGAGCCCCAGAGCCCGGGCGAGUACGUCAGUAUCGAGUUCCGGGCCCCACCGGGUACCGCCUGCUCCCCAGCUGGGCUUGCCCCAUCCGUGGGAGGACCUCGAGUGACUCUCUCUGAGUACAUCAACAUGGAUUUCAGGCCUGAGGCCCAUCCUCCACUUGGCCUGGUGAAGAGCUCCCGUGGGGCCCCGGCCCAGACCAGGCGGAGGCUAGGCAGUCCAGUUCCUGGUGACUCAGCCUGCCCCCUGGUGGCAGCCUUGCCAGAGGUGGCCCUGGACUCCACUGAGGAAGCGGGUCCUGGACCCCACUCUGGAGUCCGGGGUAUUUGUGCCGAGCCCCAGCGACGCCGCCGUCAUUGCUCCGAGACCCUCUUGACUACCCCCCAUGACUCUGGGCCCUCAGCGCCCUGCUCCCAUCUCCCUAGACGCAGGGGCUCUACCUCCUUCGAGGGCGCCGAUGAUGGAGAUGUAGCCACAGAGGCUCCGUGUGCCGGAAUGUCGCGACACAUGUCCAUUGGCUUUGAGAAUGGCCUGAACUACAUCGACCUGGACCUGGGAACGGACAGCGUCUGUGCUGAUAUGUGUGCCUCGCAGCCGAGACUUUACACCCAAACCAAUGGGAGUGGCACCUUGAACACAUAUGCCAGCAUCGACUUUCAUAAAUCUGAAGAAUUGAGAAGCCAUAAAAGGAACAAAGACGAUUGUUGAUUUGGGCCGCUCCCUUGCUUUCUGAAGCACUGAAGGAACAUUCUUCAGCUGAGCAACCACUCUCACCUACGUUCCCUCACCCUCAACCAGCCAAACAAACCUCAUACGACCCACACUUACCCCCAACGAACAGUCUUCAGCCAUUUCAAGCUACAGCCAACUCACCUCAGGAGCUGGACUUCACAAAUAACGUAAUACUUUAACCCUGUACAUCAGGAUAUUGUGUGUUACAGACUUACCCACUUCCUGUUUUGAACUGCCUCUUGAAAGUGGACAAGUGGAUAAUUGGAGGAGUUUGAGGGGUUGUGGAGGGAAAGUAGUGAGAAUAAAUAAGGUGGCCUCGCCAAUCUUCAAAGCCACAAAUUACCCAUCAUUCGGGAACUGGACCAGCUUCCUUUGUUGAUUCCUCUGUGCCUGGUUACAGGCUGAGAUAACAAUGUGUAGGGACAUGUGCAGGAAGCCAUGCCAUUUGAAGUAGAGAAAUGACCCACACUACAACAGCUGAAUGUUUUGCAAACUACCCUUGCCUAACUUGAGAAUGUUGCCGUUGUGACUGUCUUUGAUGCUUUUCUUUAACGUUGCCUGUUAAUCUUCUCAAAACUCGUUGCCUGUUAAGUCAGCUGCAGUCGGCUUGUUACGCCUUUUGUGUAUAGGGAGAGCAGGUGCAAAUCGAUCAGUUUGAACUUUAGAACUCAUGCCCUCCCUCUACCUACCAUCCGCAACCAAUCACAAGAGAAUCUGGAAGAGAUGCAGUGCUGAAGAGGUGACACUCCUGGUGCCUUCUGAAUUCAGCUUUUCUUGGACGAAGAUGGCCACUUGCCUGGACUGGCAAGGGCCUGCUUCAGUUACCAGCUCAAACUUCACCAGCACCCAGUGACUUCGCCAGCCAGUGCCCUUUGGCGUCAUGCACCCUGCACACAGAAUCUGACCCCCCUACCAAGGGGUGUUUGGAGUGCGUGCCUGUGUGUGUGUGUGUGUGUGUGUGUGUGUGUGUGUGUGUUAGGGUUUCAUAAAGAGCAGCAUUGUGCGCUUUUCCGCUGGGCAGCGGGUUCUCACCACAACCAAAGGGACCUACACCAAGUGUCGCCAACACUCACUUGGCCAUAUUCUUGGCAGUUUCACCAUAAAAUGACCUCCAAAUGUUGUGCUUUCCUGCCAUUGGUCACCCAGCAUGUUCAUCCUUGUAACACCCUGAUUCCCUUGCUGAUUGGUUAAUUAGCAGAGUCUCAGCUGAUUGAAUGAUGGUUGACAGUGAUCCCUUUUAUCCCGAUAUUCCUAUAUAUUCACACAAUUAAUAAAUGUUAAGUUGAAUAAUUAAAUGAAUCACUUCUUUUCAAGCUGCCCUGAUUUUUUUUUUUGCCACUCGUUAGAGGGAAGCUGCUUUGUGGAAAUGAAUGACUGACUCCUGGCCCUUCAGACACAGUACUAUACCCAGGAGCCACUGAGUUAGUGCCUAGUUAGCAGGAAGACAUGGUAGAAGGGUGUAAACACAGCAGAGGAUGUUUUUACAAAGGAUUAAUGCUGUCCACCUGAAGCUGUAUUAUUUUGCCACAGCUAAAUCGACAUUUUACUAAAGAACUGUGAAUGCAGACGAUCUGAAACAAAAACAGAAAUUGCUGGAGAAAGUCAGCAGAUCUGUCAGCAUCAGUGGAGAGAGAAACAGAGUUAUAACAUUUCAAACCCAGUGACCCUUUUUCACAAGGUUCUGGAGAAACUAAACUCAAAACGUUAGCUCUGUUAUAACAAAGUGUAGAGCUGGAUGAAUACAACAGGCCAAGCAGCAUCAGAAAAUCUGAUGAAGGGUCUAGGCCCGAAACGUCAGCUUUUGUGCUCCUAAGAUGCUGCUUAGCCUGCUGUGUUCAUCCAGCUCCACACUUUGUUAUCUCAGAUUCUCGGGUAUCUGCAGUUCCCAUUAUCUCUGAUACAACGUUAGCUUUGUUUCUAUCUUCACAGAUACUACCAGACCUGUUGAGUUUCUCCAGUAAUUUGUUUAAGUUUCAAUUCUUUUUUUGUAACUGUGCUAGGAGUAUUUAUUGGCAAAAUAUCUAAACGGCAGCUACAUGGGAUGUAUUAUAUCAAAGGGUUUAUCCUCAGUGUCCAUUAACAUUCUCUGCAGCCAUUCAGUGAGUCAUGGUAGCUUGAUGUACUGGGCUAGGCCAUCCCUAAUUGCCCAGAGGGCACUUAAGAGUCAACCAUAUUGCCGUGCUCUGGAGUCACAUGUAGGCCAGGUAAGGAUGAUAGAGUUCCUUCCCUGAAGGACAUCAGUGAACCUGAUUGUGAUAUUUACAACAAUUAACAAGGUUUGCCAUUAAUCUGACUUCAUUCCUGAUUUUUAGUGAAUUCAGAUUUCAUCAUCUGCCAUGGUAGGAUUCAAACCCCUGUCGCCAGAACAUUAGCCUGGGGUUCUGGAUUAACUGGGUCCGAUGACAAUAACAUUGCGCGACAGCCUCCCCAUCCAUUGGCAGCCAAUAGCCCCACAGUUGGAGGCAAUGGCAUUUAUCAACUAUCACCUUUUGCAUCCCAUUCUAAAGCUAAUCACGUUUUUUGGAAUAGAGACUGUGUUAGUUUUACCAAUGUACAUUUAAUUGCUGGGUUAAUCUAACCAGUAAUGUAGCUGAAGAGCAUUUUAGGUUGUUUGUUGGCAACUAUUCCCAUCAUUACUCAAUCCCAUUCGGACACUGCUCAUCCAUGCUCACCUCCUUUGCUCAAAAUAUUGUCUCUUUCUGGGCUACAGAUUUAAAUGAGUGCUAGCCCCCCUAUCACCAGAUGACUGCACCUCAACCUUUCGUGUUGAAAGUGGGCAUUGGGUUUUGAUGAGCAGUUUGCCCACGAUGGGAGGAGUCUGUCCAGAUUUUGAAGUGUCUUUCAAAUGUUCCCAUGCUUCUAGCUGGUGUAGAAACUGUCGAAUGGGGAGUUUACUCUGGCUGAUUCACCUCCCUCCCCAGAGCAAGGGCACAACAAUAUGUUGUACUGUACCACCAAUACUAGCUAAUUUUAUAUCAGCUUGUGUACACGAGCUCCAUAAAGUUCACAGGAACAGACUGCUGCUGGGGACUCAAGCUAACGUCCUGAUGUAAGACACUGCGUCCACGAUGGUGCUGUUUAACCUACAGUGCUUUCCACAGUGCCUUCUUUGCCUCUUUCUGAAAGGCUUUGAUCACUCACGACAAAAGUAGUCUUAAAAUCAUCUAUGCUGCUACUGCUCAUUUCAAAAUUCAUUUAUGGGAUUUGUGUGUUGCUAGCUAAGCUCAGCAUUUACUGCCCAUCUCUAAUUGCCCUGAGGGCACUUAAGAGUCUACCACAUCUCUGUGGGUCUGGAGUAAUGUGUAGACCAGUUCGGAUUUCCUUCCCUAAAGGACAUUAGUAAACCAGAUGGAUAUUUAUAACAUUUGCCAAUGUUAAGCAUACUUUUUAAUUCCAGAAUAAUGUUGAUUUCAGAUUUUAUCAACUGGGAUUCUCCAUAACAUUAGCCUGGAGUUCUGGAUUUGUAGUCCAGUGACAUUAUCACUAUGCCAGAAGCGCCCCCAGUUUACUCACCCAGUCAGUCUUAAAUCAUAAGCUUCAACUAAGUCCACUGACCAGUCGUAGGAGUCUCUCCAGCUGACAUUUAUCUUUUUUUAACCACCAAGUCUCCCCCCCGACCCACCCACCCGAGGCAGCCCCAUCAUUUGUGUUACGUUGGCGACGGGUGCCACAUUUUCUUCAUAUCCAUAACACCAGAGGAUAUGAGAGCAGAAGGAGGCCAUUUGGUCCAUUGAGUCUGCACUGGUAUUCAGUGAGAUCAUGGCUGACCUGAUAAUCCUCAACUCCAUUUUCCUGUCUUUUCCCCAUAACCCUCUGUCCCCUUCCUGAUUAAAAAUCUGUUCAUCCCAACCUAUCUUCAUCAGAGUCACUAUUGGAUGCAUCCUAGAGCACGCAGGCAGCCAUUGGGGCUGUUUGUCACAUGACCCUCUCCCCUUCUCCUAUUGGUAGCCCAAUACAUUUAUCACCAUUUAACCCUGCUGCUGAUUGGGCAGCAAACUGAGCCUUCACUCCUGAUUGAUUGCUACAAUGGCAGUCAGUCAAACCGCCAUUUUGGCCAUGUGCCAAUCUUUGACACUUGUAUAUAAGCACAGAGGAAAUAUUAAAAAGAAUAAAAACAACAGUUGGAUUGUACGACUUCUCUCUCAGUUUGUUAGCUGCAGCAGAAGGUCUGCCCACUAUCCCUGGAGGUUGGGAAGCCUUAUCAACAAUCCACCUCCUUCCUCGCAACCUUACGAAGACAGUUUCCCAAUUCGAAUCCAGUAAGCUUUUCUCAAAAUAGGAAGAAGCUUAACCAAAAUCCUUCACCCUCUGAGCAUCACAUUAGCCUGUGGCCUACCCAACAUGUAUUCAUGCGACUGAGAAAGCAAAAACAAAUUCAACAGAGUCUCAAAAGUGCCUAUCUGGAGGACCACAGUGAAUACAUACAUGUACAUUUUCCUUAUCUCAUCCUUUCUGCUAGACUCUGAUGUAAAAAUGGAUUCAGGGUCUAUAUGGGGCGUUUGGUUUCUCCUCAUCCAGCUCCAUCCCACUCUGCCUAGUCAAAAACUGUGUAUACCCGACAUGUCAAAAAGUUAGUCAUGUGAGCCUGGAUUCUUACUGGCUGAAUGACUCCUAAUGCAUCUUGUGCUUCUUAUUGUACAGAUACCUGGAGUGAAGUAUAUAACCGUUUCUUUUUUGUCCCUUAAAAAAAUUGCAUUUAAAUGUUUGGGGAGAAAUGCGAAUAUCUGAUUUUUGGGCAGAUUUCCAUAAAGAUGUGGUCAAUGCUUGGAGCAAGAUACUUUAUGUUUUAAAUCUUGUUGAUGUCACCAAUGCUGUUUGGCAAUAAAGUUUUCUCUGUAUUACUGGCA